UUAGAGAUUUGGAAGAAUGUGUCCGCUGAGGCUGAUCCUGAUUUUUCUGUCGGCAACUCUCGCCGGAUUUCUCCUUAUUAGAAACGUCAAAUCCCAGCCCCAAUCCACCUAUGACGGUGAUCUCCGCACCACCGAUAUCAACCACAACUCCCCCUCCGCCUUCUCCAAGGUCCGACAAGGCAUAGAAUCAGGGUUCUGGACAUGCGUCGACAUGGCCAGUGGUCGUUACUUGUGGAGGCGUUUGGUUUCCUCAAACUCGAAGCGUUCCACUUGAUUUCACUCCUUUAAUUGUGCGAUUCAACAAAGCAUGUGCAAAGACUUUUUCUUUAUCUCGAUAUUUUGGUGGGUUGUUAUUCAUCCUCGUCAUUGCAAUUGUUCUUUGUAUUUGAAGAACUACUGUUGUACAUAUUUUCUGGAUCUUGCUCCUCUGUAGCUGCAAUUUGGGUCCCAGAUUGGCAGCAAUUAAUUAAAUUCCUUCU